GUACGCAUGCACAUGUGGCCAUACUGUAAUGAACAGUAUACAUCACAGCUGGGUCACUCCUUUCACUUUUCUUCAUAAUUUUAUCUCUUCUUCCCUUCCCUGCCCUGUCCCCUCUGCAAAAAGCCCCCCCACUCUCUCAGAGACACACAUCAAACACUUUGCCAUCUUCUACACCAAAGCUGCUCAACAAAUGUUUGAUUCCAUUUAAAACACAAUACUAACUUCUUUUACCAUUUUUUCAUUGCAAAAAUGGGUGGGGUAACCUCGUCCAUGGCGGCGAAGUUGGCUUUCUUCCCGCCGAAUCCACCUUCCUACAGGGUUGUUACUGAUCAAAUUACUGGUUUGUUGCUGCUUGAUACUUUUCCUCACCGUGAAAACGUUGACGUUUUGAAGCUCCCUACUCGCCGGGGAACGGAGAUCGUCGCAAUUUACAUUCGCUACCCUAUGGCUACUUCCACUUUACUUUACUCUCACGGUAACGCUGCUGAUAUUGGUCAGAUGUAUGAGCUUUUCAUCCAGCUUAGUAUCCACCUUAAAGUCAAUCUCAUGGGGUAUGACUACUCUGGCUAUGGACAGUCAUCUGGCAAGCCAAGUGAGCAGAACACUUACGCAGAUAUUGAAGCUGCAUACAAGUGUCUUGAAGAGAGCUAUGGCGCAAAGCAGGAAGAUAUAAUCCUUUAUGGACAAUCUGUUGGAAGUGGUCCCACUGCGGACCUUGCUGCUCGUUUGCCUCGACUUAGAGCAGUUAUUUUGCAUAGUCCAAUCCUGUCAGGCUUAAGGGUCAUGUAUCCUGUCAAACGCACAUAUUGGUUUGACAUCUAUAAGAACAUUGACAAGAUCCCAUUGGUUAAAUGUCCUGUCCUGAUCAUUCAUGGCACCUCUGAUGAAGUUGUUGACUGCUCUCAUGGGAAACAGCUAUGGGAGCUUUGCCAGGAAAAAUAUGAACCAUUAUGGCUCAAAGGGGGAACACAUUGCGACUUAGAACUAUACCCCGAAUACAUUAGACAUCUGAAGAAGUUUGUAUCUACAGUUGAAAAACCACCUUCUCAGAGAAUCUUAUCAAGAAAAAGUGUAGAUAGGCCUGAACAAUCACGGAAGAGUACAGACUGUUAUGAAGGUCCAAGGAAAAGCACUGAUCGGAGAGAGAAACCAAGAAAAAGCACUGACAAGCCGGAAAAAUUGAAAAACUACGAGUACAAGUAUGCCAAUGAUGAUAAGCUUUCGAAGUUAAGGAUGCCUUUUGAUCAAGUAGAGAGGUCUAGGAGGAGCGUGGAGUUUUUUGAGAAGCCUCGAAGAAGCAUCGACCAGCAAAUGGAAAAAGCACGAAAAAGUGUGGACUGGCUAGAUAGAAUAAGAGCUGGUUGAUCUUUUCAAUGAUAUUGUAAAUUUCAUGUUCAAGUCAAUUGUGGGGGAGUAUAAUAGUGCAACAACUUAACAAUUAAUUUAUGGAUAUUGGGUGUGAUUUAGUUAAUGUUCAACGGAGCAUAUCUUCUUCUUUUUUUCUUUGUGCUUCUUUCUGUUGUGAAAAGAACAAAUGAGAAAUAUAGCUUGGCAUCUCAUUACAGUUCUGAGUUUGAUCAAGCCA